CCAGGGGAGGGAAUCAAGUGCACCUCGGGCUUGACAAGCAGCGCCGGGAAGCACGGCUACAGGACAGAAGGGGGCCAGGGCGACUGGGCUGCUUCUGAGUAUGGUUGUGGGUUCCAGCUGAGUUGCUCUAAAGAUCGAGCAUUUUGCCAUCUAUUUCCUAUGAUGGCCAGAGUUUCCUGUGCUAAAAGGAAACAGAGCAGAGGUAACUCUCCACUGGGUGAGGCGCAGCCUGUCACCUGACCAGCUCCGGAGCUGCUAGUGGCAUCAGGCUGCAUUCCUUGAAUUCUUCCACCGGCACCUUAAUGAACAACUUCAGGUUCACUGAGCUGAGUGGAUUCCACUCACUGCGCUUUUGGAGCCCACUGCCCCAAGUCUCCCACCCAGUCUCAAAAUAGACCACUGAGUAGCAGCAAGCGCACCUUUGAGGAGAAGCACACAGAGAGUGUCAAAGAAGACCUCAAAAUCUGGAAAAAAAAUGACCUUUCAAGGAAUAUGAAGUCUAUGUCCUGAUAUGUGUUUUUGUCUCACUAAGCUCUGGUGACUGUGACACAUGGCCCUUGGCCUGCAGAUAAUCCAUUGAUUAUCAGGCUUCUCAUCAUGCAUCAACUGUUCAGACUGGUCUUGGGACAAAAAGAUCUUUCACGAGCUGGGGACCUCUUCUCCUUAGAUGACUCUGAGAUUGAAGACAGCCUGACAGAAGCUUUGGAGCAAAUUAAAAUAAUUAGCUCAUCUUCAGAUUACCAAACCAAUAACAAUGACCAGGCAGUGGUUGAAAUCUGUAUCACUCGAAUCACAACAGCCAUCAGAGAGACAGAGUCGAUUGAAAAGCAUGCAAAGGCCCUUGUGGGGCUCUGGGACUCCUGCUUGGAACACCACCUGAGACCCUCUGGGAAAGAUGAAGACACUCCCCAUGCCAAAAUCGCAUCUGAUAUCAUGAGUUGCAUUUUACAGAAUUACAACCGGCCCCCUGUGAUGGCAUUAGCCAUCCCCGUUGCAGUGAAAUUCCUCCACAGAGGUAACAAGGAAUUGUGUAGGAAUAUGUCCAACUACCUGUCCCUGGCUGCAAUUACCAAAGCGGACCUCCUGGUCGAUCACACAGAAGUUAUAGUAAAGAGCAUACUUCAAGGUAAUGCCACGUUGUUGAGAGUGUUGCCUGCUGUGUAUGAUAAGCAACCUCAGCCAAUUAACAAACACCUGACAGAACUCCUAGCCUUGAUGUAUCAGCUGGAACAACCAGAACAGUACCAUCUUCUACGGCUUUUGCAUGUAGCUGCAAAGAGGAAGCAAUUGGAGGUGGUUCAGAAGUGUAUUCCUUUCUUAAUCGGGCAUUUGAAAAAUUCGAUGCAUAAUGAUGUCAUCCUGAGCAUCCUCAUAGAGAUAGCAGGCUAUGAGCCAGUGGCUUUGAACAGUUUUCUUCCAGUGCUGAAAGAGAUUGGUGAGAGGUUCCCCUACCUCAUUGGACAAAUGGCGAGAAUCUAUGGCACUGUCGGGCGUGUUGAUGAAGAGAGAGCCAGGAGCUGCCUGCCGUUCCUGGUGAGUCAGCUGGCCAACAUGGAACACUCGUUUCACCAUAUUCUCCUGCUAGAGAUUAAAAGCAUCACAGAUACCUUCUCCUCCAUUCUGGGCCCUCAGAGCAGAGAUAUCUUCCGCAUGAGCAACAGCUUCACUGCCAUUGCCAAGCUCCUUACCCGACAACUGGAAACCGCCAUGGCCAGAAGUGACAGGAGAAAAACCAGUAAUGAAAUUGAAUUUCUUGAGGAACUGGAAGAAACCAAGUUCACUGUAGAUGAAAAUGAAGACCAUGAAAAGCUCCAAGUUAAAAUACAGGCUUUUGAGGACAAAAUAACUGCGGAGAACAAUACCCCUGGCUCUAUCAGACGAUAUAGUUUGGACCAAGUUUCAAAGGAAGGAAGAAAAGAUAUUAGAUUUAAUAGGUCAAAGAGUUUGGCUUUGCACACUGUGCUUACAAGUGCCUUGAGUUCAGAGGAUGGGGAUGCUGUAGAGAGUGCAGAUACGCCAGCCAGCAUCUCUCUUUCAGAAAUAGACCCACUUGGCCAAGGACGUGACAGGUCACCCUUUAAGGCAGAUGCCGAUGGAUCACAGCUGGUAAAUUCUUCAGUUUCACAUCCAAGUAUUAUGCAUAUAGAAUCUGAGAAUUUGCCAGAAAUGGUUAAAGAAAACCAUCAGGAAGAAACUCCAGAGACAACCACAAGUUCUGUAGAGUACCACGAUAAGCUCUACUUGUACUUAAAGGAAAACCUCAGUAAAGUGAAAGCAUAUGCUUUGGAAAUCAGAAAGAAGAUUCCAGUCCCUGACCAGUGUACCAUUGAAGAUUCUGUUCAAAGUUGUGUAGCAAAGCUGUUCUUCAGCUGCUCCCUGAAGGGUCAUUACUGCCUCUACAGUAAAUCCAGUUUUAUCCUCAUCAGCCAAGAACCUCAACCAUGGAUCCAGAUCAUGUUUCUAUUUCAACAGAGCCUGUUUCCUGAGCCCCUGUCCAUACAGAGUCGUUCUGUGCAAUUCCUCAGAGCUCUGUGGGAGAAGACCCAGGCCGAAGGUGCUCACAGCUUUGAAACAGCCAUGAUGGAGUCCACUUUCCCUCAGCAGAAGGAUCUGGACCAGGUACAGCUCCAUCUGGAAGAAGUGAGGUUCUUCGACGUGUUUGGCUUCAGCGAAGCAGCAGGAGCGUGGCAAUGCUUCAUGUGUAACAACCCUGAAAGAGCAACGGUUGUAAAUCAAGAUGGCCAGCCUCUCAUUGAAGGAAAACUUAAAGAGAAGCAAGUCAGAUGGAAGUUCAUCAAAAGAUGGAAAACCCGUUAUUUUACACUGGCUGGAAAUCAACUUCUGUUUCAAAAAGGAAAGUCUUUCCCUCGACCACUCUGGGGUCUCAGCGGAGAAGUCACCCUAGACUCCCUCCCGGUGGGGGCCACUCUGGGCGGACAGAGGAGCCGCGGGAGGACACCUGGCCUGAAGGGACUAGUUGGCGCGCACUGGAUGGGCGUGGUGACGUCAGGGCGGAGGCGCACGCUGCGUGAAGCGUCUCAGAACCCGGCGGUCACGGGAAUAUCCGUCGCGCCGAGAACGCUGGUUAGUCUCACUCCGGUUCCGGCUGCGUUGGGUGUGCGUGCAGCUCGCUGAGACUAUGGCGUCCGGGCCUCACCCGACCGCGACUGCUGCCGCCGCCGCUUCGUCGGCCGUCCCGAGCGCGGGCGGCUCCAGCUCCGGAACGACGACUACGACGACGACCACGACGGGAGGAAUCCUGAUCGGCGACCGCCUCUAUUCGGAAGUUUCGCUCACUAUCGACCACUCGCUGAUUCCGGAGGAACGGCUCUCUCCCACCCCGUCCAUGCAGGACGGGCUCGAUCUGCCCAGCGAGACGGACUUACGCAUUCUGGGCUGCGAGCUCAUCCAGGCCGCCGGCAUUCUCCUCCGGCUGCCGCAGGUGGCGAUGGCAACGGGGCAGGUGUUGUUUCAUCGUUUUUUCUACUCCAAAUCUUUCGUCAAACACAGUUUCGAGAUUGUUGCUAUGGCUUGUAUAAAUCUUGCAUCAAAAAUCGAAGAAGCGCCUAGAAGAAUAAGAGAUGUGAUUAAUGUAUUUCACCACCUACGCCAGUUAAGAGGAAAAAGCGACCAGCUACAUUUACCAAAGCCUGGGUGAUGUGGAGUGGUACAUAGCGAUGAAGCUGUCGUCAUGGCAACAGUGAGUGAAGUAUCGAAAAUCCCCAAGGAGAAGCCAGUGCUCUGAGAAUAGGUCACUGGAAUCGGGGACUAACAGGACUCCAAGCCCCCUGAUCCUUGAUCAGAACUACAUUAACACCAAAAAUCAAGUUAUCAAAGCAGAGAGGAGAGUGUUAAAGGAGUUGGGAUUUUGUGUUCAUGUCAAGCAUCCCCAUAAGAUCAUUGUUAUGUAUUUACAAGUCUUAGAAUGUGAACGUAAUCAAACCCUGGUUCAGACUGCCUGGGUAGUCCAUGAUGGUAAGUCAUAGAACUCUGCCCUCUGCACUUCAGCCCAUGACCUCAGGAUGGCCUGAUUGGCUGCCCUGCUCUCCAGCCAAUCCAGUGCAAGCUCUCAUCCGAGAUUCACUGAAGUGGUCCAUAUCCAUCUGGCAGCAUCUUCUAGUUCUGUCGGGGUGUCAAAAGGAUUUGUAUAUUUGCUUCUAGAAGUAACUAUUCAACAUGCCUGUGUAUUUAAUGUAUACCUGUAACUAUCAAAAUGAAUAGUUCAUUUUUGAUAGAUGUGUUAUCCAGCCAUUAUGCAUUAAAUGAUUUUUGUUAGGAAUUUGACUAGAUUUGUUUUUAGUGUAUGUAUAGCAUGAAUUCUACCAAAGGAAACAGCAGCUUAAAAUGGGCACCAUUCCCAUACUUGAAUUUAUAGCUGCUUGGCUAUUGGAGACAAUAAUAGUAGCAUUAAGAAGUACUUCACUUUUAAGAGAUGUUAAUAUUAACACAAGCACUUUAGAACUUAGUCUUUUGAGAUACAGAUGUGUGAUUUGGGAGUUCUGACGUAUUUAAAAGUAAAAUAAGGAGUUUGUGGUUCAACCGCAACUAGUAUCUUAAGACUGUUGAUGAUGUGCAGUACUUUAAGUGAUGUAAUGCUUAUAUUCUGUCAUGCUUUUUUUGGGGCUCAAUAAAUAUUAGUAAUGUUAGAAAAGUCUCAUUACUUUUAUAAAAUGCAUGACUUUUUAAUACAUGUUUUAUAAGACAGAUUUUUUAGCAGUUUUCAUGGGUAAGGACUUUUAAGAAAUAGUCUUUAAUUUUAGUUUAACCUUUUAAACAAUUUGUAAAAUUUAUUCAAUACUUCAGAAAUAUUGUGGGGAGGGUUCACUAAUAUGAAAGUCCAGUAAUUUAUUAACUGAAAUAGUUACUGCUUUUAUUUAUACUUAGUCACAAAAAGGUAUGUAAGCAAGGCUGUUGUAUAUAUCUGUUGCUCUUCAUUUCUCAACCUAGGUUUAGUAUUCUUAAUUUCAUGAGUGCCCUUUUUUAUCCCUCACAGUAUUGAGUUUUUGAAACUUGAUUGAAAUUGCUUUUCACUGUGGAUAAAGGAGAGACGGUCAGUAAUUAAUGGCUUGAAGUAUUGUUGGAGUGGUUUAUCAUUUCUGAAACGAGUCAUUCAGAGCAUUGCUUUUUAUAGACAUGUUUUUAAAGAAACUUUAUGUACAUUUUAUUUGGAAUAAUGAGUUAUUUUAAAGGACUUUGGUUAUAUGGAAAGGUAAAGGAUGGUUCUGCUGUUAAAUUCUUACCUCUUACUCAUUUUUGAGUUAAGAAUUGUUAUAUGUUAGAAUGUGAAGUACUUAUGAGAAGAAAAAAGAAUAAAGUAGAUUGAGUCUCCAAUUUUAUGUAAGCUUCAGAACUGGUUUGUUUACAUACAAAGCUUAUGGUUGAAAUAUUUUUCAGGAAUUAUAUGAAUGACAGUCUUCGAACCAAUGUAUUUGUUCGAUUUCAACCAGAGACUAUAGCGUGUGCGUGCAUCUACCUUGCAGCUAGAGCUCUUCAGAUUCCAUUGCCAACUCGUCCCCAUUGGUUUCUUCUCUUUGGUACAACAGAAGAGGAGAUCCAGGAAAUCUGCAUAGAAACACUUAGGCUUUACACCAGAAAAAAGCCAAAUUAUGAAUUGCUGGAGAAAGAAGUAGAGAAAAGAAAAGUAGCCUUACAAGAAGCCAAAUUAAAAGCAAAGGGAUUGAAUCCUGAUGGAACUCCAGCCCUUUCAACUCUCGGUGGAUUUUCUCCAGCCUCUAAACCAUCAUCACCCAGAGAAGUAAAAACUGAAGAGAAGUCUCCGAUCUCCGUUAAUGUGAAGACAGUAAAAAAAGAACCUGAGGAUAGACAACAGGCUUCCAAAAGCCCUUAUAAUGGUGUAAGAAAAGACAGCAAGAGAAGUAGAAAUAGCCGAAGUGCAAGUCGAUCAAGGUCAAGAACACGAUCACGUUCUAGAUCACACACUCCAAGAAGACAUUAUAAUAAUAGGCGGAGUCGAUCUGGAACAUACAGCUCGAGAUCAAGAAGCAGGUCCCGCAGUCACAGUGAAAGCCCAAGAAGACAUCAUAAUCAUGGUUCUCCACACCUUAAAGCCAAGCAUACCAGAGAUGAUUUAAAAAGUUCAAAUAGACAUGGUCACAAAAGGAAAAAAUCUCGUUCUCGAUCUCAGAGCAAGUCUCGGGAUCACUCAGAUGCUGCCAAGAAACACAGGCAUGAAAGGGGACAUCAUAGGGACAGGCGUGAAAGAUCUCGCUCCUUUGAGAGGUCCCAUAAAGGCAAGCACCAUGGUAGCAGUCGCUCAGGACAUGGCAGACACAGGCGCUGACUUUCUUCCUUUGAGCCUGCAUCAACUCCUCAUUUUGCCUAUCUACAGUGUGAUGUAUGGACUCAUAAUUGAAACAUUAAAAGCAAAUUGAUUAGGAUUUGAUUUCUUAAAACCCUCUUAGGUCUCUAGAAAUACUGAGGACAUUUUCUUUUGAAAAGAACUGUUUUUUUGUUAUUUUUUUUUCUUUUUUUUUGCACAUUAAAAAUGCCCUAGCAGUAUCUAAUUGAAAAAACCAUGGUCAGGUUCAAUUGUAAUUAUUAUAGUUGUGUAUUGUUUAUUGCUAUAAGAACUGGAGUGUGAAUUCUGUAAAAAUGUAUCUUAUUUUUAUACACAUAAAAUUGCAGACACUGUUCUAUUUAAGUGGUUAUUUGUUUAAAUGAUGGUGAAUACUUUCUUAACACUGGUUUGUCUGCAUGUGUAAAGAUUUUUACAAGGAAAUAAAAUACAGAUCUUGUUUUUC